CCCCUCCUCUACUCCUCCACCCUCUCCUCUACCUACUAGUCCAGCCCAUCCAUCCCCUUUGCAUUGCAGCUUUGCUACCGCUUCUCCUCUCACCACCCCCUGCGUCGCCGCCAAUUAAUUCGCUCCUCGUCACCGGCCUCCCCAACCGCACCGCCGCACCCGCGAUCGCAAGGAUUCAGGGCCGGCUGGAGGUUUGAGCUGCUGCGUGCUCUCUCUCCAGGCGCAAGCAGGCAUGGAUUCGUCGGCCGCGUUCCUGCAGCACCAGCCGCAGCGGAGCUCCAGCAACGUGUCGCUGUCGUCGCUCGCCAGGACCGGCAGCGGCGGCGGGAGCGCCGCCCGCGGGAGGGGCGCCACCAGGGGCAGGAGGAUGAUGCGCAGGGUCUGCCGCGGCGUCAUCACCUUCAUCUUUGCCAUCGCUGGUCUGUUCCUGGGCGCGGUGACCGGCGGCCUCAUCGGGCUGGCCACCGAGAGCGGGCUGUUCCGCGGCACCGGCAUCGGCGCCAUCACCGGCGCCCUCGUCUCCAUCGAGGUCGUCGACUCCUCCAUCCGCCUCUGGCAGGCCCGCCGCUCCGGGAUCUGGAGCAUCCUCUAUGUGCUGAACGUGAUCUACAGCCUCCUGACCGGCAGGCUCGUCCGCGAGAAGGUCGACCCGGCGGUGCAGCGAGUGGUCCGGAGCCAGAUGAACGCGGUGGACUCGUCGCCGUUCAGGGAGCCGCCGGACCUGUUCGAGGUGGAGGCCACCAACGGCAUGCCGCGGGCCUCCAUUGACAAGCUCCCCGAGUCCUGGAUCACCGAGGAGUACAAGCGCGACGGCGUCGGCGACCUCUCCGGCUGCUCGGUCUGCCUCCAGGAUUUCCAGGUCGGGGAGAAGGUGCGGAGCUUGCCAGACUGCUGGCACGUGUUCCACGUGCCGUGCAUCGACGGCUGGCUGAUCAAGCACGGGUCCUGCCCGCUCUGCAGGAGGAAGCUCUAGACGCCCCCCGACGCCAUGGAUGCAUGCUUGCUUGCUCGCUGCGAGUUGAUCGAUGUGCCCUGUGCCACACUGCUUCCUAGGAUGAGGAGAGGAGCUGGAGGAGGAGGAAGAGACUGACAUCUAUAGAACCCUUAAUUUAUAGAGUUUUUGCUUCUUCUUUUUUUGCUGCUGCUGCUUGUACGUGUUCUUCUUCUACUUUUCUUUUUGCAUCUUUUUUGAUCUAUAAUAUCUUCCUCGCUCGUUCGUUCUCUCCUGAUCAUGUAAUAUACUACUGCUGCUGCUUCUGCCUCUGAAAACCCUUGGACGACCGGUCGGCUUGUGCUUCGAUCCAUCGUCUCUGGACUGUGAUCUGGUGUAAUAUAUUACCGACUUGUAGUCACAUCAUGGCACUUGGACAUGCUUAUCAUCUUGCCGUGCUUAUUGUCUUCUUGAAA